AUGGGUCUCUAUCUCAUAUUAAUCGGCGUGAUAGCACUCGUUUGCUACGCGUUAUCACUUGCCACAUACCGAAUCUGUUUCCAUCCGCUAGCGAGGUUCCCAGGACCUUGCCUGGGAGCUUUGACCGAUUGGUACGCAGCAUUCUAUGCAUGGCGAGGUGACCUACACAUGAUGGACCUUAAAUGGCAUGAGAAAUAUGGUGAAAUCGUGCGCUUUGGGCCGAAUUCCCUCUCCUUCAACUCCUCCAAGGCUGUAAGCGACAUCUAUGCAGUCAGGGCCAACGUCCAGAAGUCAGAAGGUUACGCAUCAAUUAGCCCAAGUCGAUAUACCCCAAAUACCCUCACCGCAAUUUCUAGGAACAUCCACACCUUCAAGCGUCGCAUAUUGGCGCAGGCAUUUUCAGACCAGAGUAUCAAAGAUAUGGAGGACAGGAUCCAAGAAAAAAUAUCCAGCUUUGUCGACAACCUUCUUACGGAUACCAAUUCUGAAUCAGGGUGGAGCUCUCCUAAGAAUAUCUCGCAAAUGUGCGACUGGCUAGCUUUUGACAUAAUCACUGAUCUGAGCUACGGCAAUGAUCUUGGCAUGUUGAACUCUCCUGAAAUGCGCUGGUUCCCCUCAGUGAUUCGGAAAAUAUCCCAACGGAGCCUAAUAGGGCUAUUUCAACCAUAUUUCAUAAAGUUUAGGCUUGAUUCUCUUCUUCUAAGGCAAAAAUACAAGGAGAUUUUGGCUGCGGCAAGGUGGACACGCUCCCAGUCAGCUGCACGAAUGCAGGUCGGCAACAAUAGUACACAGAAAGACAUCUUCAACGCAAUGCUGAAUGCAAGAGAUAAGAAGACUGGAUUGCAGUUUACUCGAAAAGACCUAGGUCUUGAGUCAAUGCUCUUGCUCGUCGCAGGUUCGGAUACAACCGCUACUGCUCUUUCUGCUACAAUAUAUUACAUUGCUCAUGAUUCAAAUAUGUUGGCGCAUCUGACAAGAGUCAUCCGAACGACGUUCCCUGCGGAGUCCUCAAUAACAGCAUCUUCCGUCCUUGCAUCUCCGAACUGCUCUGCCUUGCGUGCUUGUAUCAAUGAAGCAAUGAGACUUACGCCCCCUGCACCUAAUUUGCUUCCUCGAACAGUCCUCUCCGGUGGCAUGGAAGUCGACGGCAUUUAUGUACCGGCAGGAACAACUGUCGAUAGAUUCGAGCCUGAAAGAUGGCUUGAUGGCGAUGAGAUAAGUCAACAGAAGAUGCAAAUGGCAUUCGUUCCAUUUAGUGUUGGGCCAAGGAAAUGUGUUGCAUGGAGACUAGCCUGGGCAGAAUUGAAUCUAGCAGUAGCAAGGGCUGGGGUAACAACAGCCGUUGAUGGGCCGGUGAUUGAGUUGAAACAUAGAAUAUAA